GCCCGUCGCCUCCUCGUCCGACGUCACGUCCUGUACCAUCCAUCUCCCGGAGAGAGAGCAGUGAAGAUGGCGGCGGCGCUAGCGGAUGAGGAUCUGUUCAGAGAGCUGCAGCGCUGCGGCUUCACUCCGCCGGGCCCGCUGACCGACAGCACGCGGCCGGUCUACCUCAAGAAGCUCAAGAAGCUCCGCGACGACCAGCAGCGGAGCGGCUACCGGCUCUCCAAGGCCCGCAGCGGCGCGUUUACCGGAGGAACCGGAGGAGCCGGAGGAGGAGCCGGAGCUAACCGCGGGGCUAACCGCGGGGCUAGCGGAGGAGCUAACCGCGGAGCUAACGCUGCUAACGCGGCUACCGGAGGAGCUAGCGGAGGAGCUAACUCUGCUAACGCUGCUAGCGGAGGCUCCAGCGGCCGUGACGUCACGCAGCUCUCCUCCAGCAGGAGACCCGGCCGGAAGUGCUCCGUCCUCGGCUUCAGCUCCGACGAGUCAGACGCUGAAGCUCCGCUGAAGAGGAGAGCAGGCCUCAACCACCAGAACCAGAACCAGAACCAGCAGAACCAGACCCAGCAGACCAGAACCCGGCCCGGUACCGGGACCAACAGCAACAGCUCUACUCCGGGUUCUGGUUCUGGUUCUGGCUCUAGAGGCGGGUCGCUGGGCUGGGGGGUCCGGGUCAGAACCAGAACCAGAACCAGCCCAGAGGAGGACUAUGGUGAUGAUGAUGAUGAUGAUGAUGACGAUGAGGCCGAACCGGAACCAGAACCGGAGAAGAACUCUCGCUCUCUGAACGGCUGCGGUUCGACUCACUGUACCACCAGAACCGGAACCGGGAAGCGGACCGGGGACUACUCUGACUCAGAGGAGGAGGACCGGGUCGGUACCGGUACCGGGGACCGGCUGGAGUCCAGGCGGAGCCACGGAGCGGGCCGGGCGGUUCUGAUGAGGAGGAGAGAGGAAGAGGAGGAGGGGAUGAAGAGCAGACUGGACUCAGAACCAUCAGGAGGGUCUCGGAACCAGAACUACCCCAGGAAGUCCAUCUACGUGUCCCUCUCGGAGAACCACGGAGGACUGUCCGGUACCGGCAGGAACAACCACGUAGAGGACGAGGACGGAGCCUCCCGGACCGGUACCAGCACCGGUACCGGUACCGGUACCAGCACCGGUACCGGUACCAGCAGAUUCGCCAUCGGGCUCAGACCGCGGUUCUCCUCCUACAGCAGUCUGUCCCAGAACUACCGGGCCAACCACUCCAACCACUCCUACAGCCAGGCGGUUCUGAAGCAGCAGCUGUCGGUACCGGUCCCGGUACCGGAGGACGAGCUGCUGCAGCAGUUCAAACGGGACGAGGUGAGCUCACCUGGCAGCUUCAGCGCUCACUACCUGUCCAUGUUCCUGCUCACAGCAGCCUGCCUCUUCUUCCUGCUGCUGGGCCUCAUGUACCUCAGGAUGAGGGGAACCGGGUCAGCGGAGGCGGACGGAACCAUUAAGAGCCACCCUUUUGGCAGCGGGUUUGACGACUCUUAUAACAAGACAGAGAAGGACCUGAUCCUAAACCUGCUGCUCAAUCUACAUGACCACUUGGCCCACGUCGCAGGCCAGCAUGACUGUGGAGACCAGCAGCAUCCAAACAGGAGUAUGUCCAUCGACGAGGCCUCUGCGUAUCUACGGGCUCAGAAUCAGGAUUUUGACGGCCUCAUUCUUGCUUCUCUGGAGUGGAUCAUCCGGACGGGCCAUGAUGUUGGGAUAAGGCUGUCUGGGCAGGUAGCCGACGAUCCGCUGACCGACGUGUCUGAGAUCUCUCGGCUGGAGUCUACACAUCCCAAGAUGCCCUUCUCCUGCCGCUUCCGCCGAGCCUUCCUCACCGUCAUCAGCAGAGUCUUCCUCAUUGCAGCUGUGGUCGGCUGUGUGUGGAGUGUGGUCUGCUACAUGAAGUACCGCUGGAGGAGAGAGGAGGAGGAGACCAGGCAGAUGUACGACAUGGUGGAGAGGAUCAUCGAUGUGUUGAGGAGCCACAGCGAGGCCUGCCAAGAGAACCAGGACCUGCAGCCCUACCUGCCCAUCCCCCACGUCAGAGACUCCCUGGUUCAGCCUCAGGACCGAAAGAAGAUGAAGAAGAUCUGGGAGCGGGCCAUGAGUUUCCUCUCAGCCAACGAGUCCAGGAUCAGAAAAGAGACUCAGAGGAUCGGGGGAGGCGACUUCCUGGUCUGGAGGUGGAUCCAGCCUUCUCUCAGCUGUGACAAGACCUCCUUGAUGCCCUCCAAAGUCUGGCAGGGAAAAGCGUUCCCUCUGGACCGGAGGAACUCUCCUCCCAACAGCCUGACUCCAUGUCUGAAGAUCAGAAACAUGUUCGACCCGGUCAUGGAGGUCGGGGAGAACUGGGAUCUCGCCAUCCACGAGGCCAUCCUGGAGAAGUGCAACGACAACGACGGUAUCGUCCACAUCGCCGUCGACAAGAACUCACGAGAGGGCUGCGUCUACGUCAAGUGUCUCUCUGCAGAGCAGUCGGGGAGAGCCUUCAAGGCGCUUCACGGCUCCUGGUUUGACGGUAAGCUGGUGACUGUGAAGUAUCUGCGUCUGGACCGCUACCACCAGCGCUUCCCACAGGCCCAGGGCUGCAGCACGCCUCUGAAGGCCUCCAGCCUCCACAUGAACACCACGAGCACCACGAACACUACGGCCCGCCUGCAGCACCGCGGAUCGGCCAACUCUUCAGGCUUCUCAUGAGAUCAGCGUACGCGUUAGAUUUAGCAUCGUCCUCUGUGCCCUCCCAGCAUGACAGCACCGGUCUGCUGCUGCUCCUUCACUGCUUUAUAACGGGGAAGACUUCAGGGUGUGUCUCGGGAGAGCUCUCUUUCUUUCUUUCUUUCUUUCUUUCUUUCUUUGUCGUUUGUUUUUCAGCAGCGGAUCGCAGCAGACGUUGUUCAGCGGUGCCGUGUUUGUUUUCAAUAAUCUUUGUAUUAAAAUGUCAUGGAUUUAACAAGGAAGCCAAGUUCUUGUGGAAUAUUUAAGACGUGUGCAGAGACUCCAACCCUCCCUCCUUCUCUUCCACAGUCUAACUGAUGCCAUGAUGGAGUUCAUGUGGGCGCUGUAUGGAAAUGGCUGCAUGUAUCAGAGUAUGGCUCUAUGUAAGCUUUCAGUACAACACGGUGGUGUGGGUGUUGAAGAUGUUCGAUGUACUCCCUGUUGUUGUUGUUAUUAUUAUUAUUAUUAUUAUUAUUAUUAUUAUUAUUAUUAUUAUUAUUCAGAUUCUUAUUAUUUAGUCAGUGAGGGAAGGCAUGAACGGACUUGUAGAGGGUGUGCUGUAAAUACAUGUGAAUGGUGGCACAAGCUUUAUUACAUCCUCCGUAUUAAAGGCAAACCAUAAGCUCACGUUUUUUCUUGCUGCUCACUUCCCACGGCAGAGUACAGAUGUGUAUCCAGAUGUGUAUCCAGAGGCUCCCUGGAGCGAGAGGCUGCAGCAGCACCGACACACACACACACAGACCGGUCCGGCUGGUAGAGCAGGGUAUCCGUGGCGAUGCUGACUCAGCCUCCGUGUGUUCUCCGUGUUCGGUCUUUCCUUUCCCUUCGUCUGUGAUUGUGUUCCAGCAUCCAGCAGUAACAGAGUCAGGGAGUGGACCUUUAACCGUCACCUGAGGCUUUCUUCUCCAGAUAUAAUCCAAUAUAUUCCCAAAUUAUUAUGAGUUUUGAUUAUGUUUAUUAUUUACCUCCUUGAAGUCGGGUCAUUUUCACUGUUGGCGCGUCCCCUCGUUGUGUUUCCAAACCAAGUGGUUGUGUGUUGUCGGACCAGAGGAGCACACAGACGUCCGUGAUCCGACCCGACGCCGUCGCUGCUGGUCUCUGAUCAUUUCAUUCUCUUGUAAUGAUGCUACCACUCUUUUGUUGUCAUGAGGAGUACUGUGAGGAUGUUUUUAAUAUUCCAGCCCCCUGUGAGGAGACUGAACUGACUGUAGGGAUCCCGGUUGCUUGUGUGUGUUUUUACAGCACCUGUGUGGUCAGAAAACACUAAAAUCCAGGCGUUGCCAGACGUAAUCUAAUUUUUUUUAAUGCAGUGAAUUGAGAGUUGGAUUCAGUAUUUGCAGUGUGAAAAUUGUACAAAUGAUUCACAUUUCAAAUGUUCAACAACCUGCAGCAGCAGUUUGCAGCAGGCGACCCAACCGUGCCUUAAAUUUGUGCUUUUUUUAAAGACUGGCGCUGCAUCACUGGAGAAUGUGCUGGAUCUCAGACUUGUUUCAUGGUUGAAAGGGUGAGGAAGGCCUGCCAUAGAUGUAGUUUUGGUAGAGUUUGACAUCUUCAGAUUUGGUAUUUUGUAGCAGUUUCCUUUGAUAUUAAACCAAAUGCUUCUCUCUAUUUAUUAUUAUUAUUUUUUUUAAAUCAGCUGUGGUGAUGUACUAUUUUAAUGUCACUAGACCUGUUACACACGUGUCAUAACUUUUUCUUUCAUUGAGGAUCGACCUUACAUCCGCUUCCAAACAACUUGUCAGGAUGUGUAAAGAUGAGAAAAUAAAGUGACCACUUUCUGAAAUCAGCCAGUCGAUAGUGCAUCACUGUAAUCUAUUUUUGUACGUCUCCAGCCGAGCGGUGCGACUGGCAGCGUCUCAGCCCACGCUGACUGUAACCAGGCUGAAUGUAAAUGUUGGUUUGAUGUGACGGCACUUCUCCAGCCUCGUGCUUCACCUUUACAUGCAUCCUUUUCCUCUGAUGUAUUUUAUGUAAACACUGUACAUUGAUAUAACUGUAAUAUGUACUAUUAUAUGCAGCUUUAUUUCCAUUGCUUUGUAUGUUUGGAGUAACCAGUAUCCCUAACCUGCUAGCCAGAGGGGGGGGGGGGGUGUACAAUACUACAGACAUUUAAGAAGAUACAGACAUUUUAAUGUAAUUUGUCAAUUGUACAAACAGCUCAAAUUAAAGGUUUAUUAGGAGUUUUUAAA